UGAUAGCCGACCUUGACAGAGAUGGGUAUGAUUCCGGUUAUAGAUUUCUCAAAACAAGACUCGAUAAAGCCAGGCAUCCAUGAAUGGGAUUCGACGAAACUUGGAGUCCGGCAGGCACUAGAGGAGUACGGUUGUUUCGAGGCUUUGUUCGACCCAGUCGUGGAGCAUCGGAGCCCGGUAUUUAGAGCCUUGGAAGAGCUCUUCGACUUGCCUUUACAAACAAAAAACCUUUGUGUUUCCGAUAAGCCCUUUCGUGGCUAUUAUGCUUCUCCACCACCGACAUCGUAUGAAAGCAUAUCGGCUGAUGAUGUGCAUAUUGCUGAAAACGUUGAACAACUGCUCACUACCCGUUUAUGGCCUCAAGGAAACAUGAGCUUCAGUAAAACUAUGGUAUCAUUCGCUCAGCUAGUAAUGGAAUUAGAGAAGACAAUUAUGAGGAUGAUUUCAGAGAGUUUUGGGGUUGAGAAAUACGUGGAUGAGCUCAUUGACUCAACAAAUUAUCAACUGAGGGCCAUGAAAUAUGAAGGGUCCAACACCAGCGAGCCAACCAGUGGGUUAGUUGUGCACCAUGACCAGAAUAUGCUGACUCUUUUGUAUCAAAACGAGGUUAAUGGAUUAGAGAUUCAAAACAAAUAUGGAAAAUGGAUGAGUGUAAAGCCUUCUCCCAACUCUAUAAUUGUCAUCAUUGGAGAAUCCCUUAGUGUAUGGUUAAAUGGUCGAUUAUCUCCGCCUUGCCAUCGGGUGAUGAUGACGGAAAACAAGGUCAGAUAUACCAUUGGAGUGUUUGCAUGGACGAAAGGAGGCUACCUAGUGAAGGCUCCAAAAGGACUUGUGGAUGACAAAAUUCCCAUACUCUUCAAACCCUAUGAUCACGAAGAAUUCUUGAAAAUUUUCUCCACCCAACUUGCUCAAGAAGUUGCAUACGAUGUUAAAACUUAUUGCAGUAUCUAA